AAAUCGUUCUUUGAAAUCAACUAACAGCUGUUUCACUUUGCUUUGAAGUUUGAUAAAUAAGCUUAUCAGUUAUCACUUCUCAGUAAUCAUAAUCACGGCCAUUAGACCUAUUCUUACGAUUAAAGAUGUAUCUUAAAUCUUGUGUAUAUAAUGAAAUCGAUUGGCUCUUGUACAAUGUCAGCAAAUUAAAGCAAAACAUAUAACUAUUUAAAAAAAAAAUUGUGUAUUUACUUUAACUAAAAUUCCCCAUUUUUACAAUUUAGGUGCAUAAUUUUUAAGAAAAUGAAGCGAUUUAAACAUUUAAUUAACAUUGUACCAAUGUUAUUAAAGUAAGUAUCUAAGUAGUUAAUAAUAUGAAAGAAAUUAACCUAUAGGCAUUGUAUUAUGUAAUAAAUUGUUUUAUAAAUUACUUUACUAUAUUUUAAAACCACAGUACAAAACUUCACAAUUAAAUAUUAAAAAAAAAUAUUAUUUUGUUUAUCUAGGUAUCUAUUAAAUUUAAAUAUCUUUAUUAUGUAUGUACAUAAUUAUAUAUUUUUGGACAAAUAGACAUACUUUCUAUGGGUAGGCCACUGUUGUCAAUAAGAAGUUGGGAAGGUAUAGGAAAAAUUGAAUGUAUAUCUAUGCAAAGAUUAAGUAUUGCUAGCAAAAAACGAUUUCCUGCAGAGUUCCAUUACACAUAUUUUAAAAUUACUAUUUGAAAAUAAUGCAUUUCGUAAGUUUUCCCGUUUUUUCCAUUUUAUUAGGAAAACCCCUGAGAAAAUCAAAAAAUGACCCCUUUAAAGUAUUACCCCAGAGUAAUUUCCAUUUAGAAAAAAUACUAUAUUUGAUUAUCUGAGUAAAAUUUCUGGUAGAAAAGUUAUUCACAGGAAAAAAAAAAUCUUAUGAAACCAAUACAUUCCUAGGUCUUCUCGGAAUCUAAAAGCAAUAAAAUAUAAUAAGCAAAGAGGCAUACUCAAGAAAAAAAUAUCAGGGUCGAACAAACAAGAAUUAUUAUUGUUAGUGUUUAAUAUUUAUUAUUUUUUUAUUUAUUCUACAUUUGAAAUAAUUAAUUUCAAGAUUUUCUACUGAAUAGGUAUACAUUUGUUAGUAUAAUCAAUAGACUACCUCCUCUACAUCAUUGAUUAUUAUUUAUGUUAAUUUAAAAAAAAAAUGUUUUCUUUACCUUUUUAUCCAGUGUAUACUUAAAAUGAACAAAUAAUUUAAAUUUUUACUCUAAUAAAAUAAGUCUAAACUCAUUUUAUUUAUCUAAAUAAAUAAAUAAUUAUGCACUUAAAUUAAAUCAAAAUUAUUAUAAUGAAUAAUUCUAGUUUAUCUAUAUGAAAUUAAAUUUCUAAUUUUAUCGAAUAUUACACUAUUUAUAGAUCCCAAAAACCAAUUGCAACUAGUUGUAAAAUAAUUCCUAUGAUUAAACAGAAAUGUCUUUUCAUGUCAAUUCGGAAUAUGUUCAUACAAACUCAAGACACUCCGAAUCCAAAUAGUGUAAAAUUUUUGCCAGGUGUUCAAGUUAGUAUUUAUUUUUUGUACCACAGUGGAUAUCCACUGGUUUGUUAUUUUAGCCAGGAAAUUUUAUUUAAAUACAGGUAUUGGAAAAAGGUCAUACUAUGGAUUUUCCAAAUUCUGCAGCAGCAUACUGUAGUCCUUUAGCUAAAGUUUUAUUUCGUAUUGAAGGAGUAAAGAGUGUUUUCUUUGGUUCCGACUAUAUUACACUAACAAAAAUAGAUAGUGAUAUAGAAUGGAUGGUUCUUAAACCUGAAAUAUAUGCUACUAUUAUGGAUUUUUUUGCUAGUGGGUUACCUAUAAUAACUGAUGUUAAACCAACAAGUGAUACACGUGAGUUUUUUAUGAUUUAAAAUUUUAAAAAUAACACAACUGUAAAUGUACUAAUGUCUUAUUAAUAUUAUAUAUUUUUAAGAAAUCCAUGAUGAUGACGAUGAAACAGUAAAAAUGAUAAAAGAACUUCUGGAUAGUAGAAUUAGACCAACUGUACAAGAAGAUGGUGGUGAUAUUCUUUUUAUAGUAAAAUUGUUUUCUUUGAUUACCUUUACAUGUUAUGAACUUUAAAUAAAUAAUCAAUAGAAUUCUGAUUUACAAUCUGGUUUAUAACUUAAUAAGUAUUUUACUUAGUUACUAUCUGAGCCUAAUAAAUCAUAUAAUAUGAUAAAUAGUAUAAUUGUACUAUAUAAAUUGUAAUUUAAUAUUUGAUAUUUUAAAUAUCUAUUUAGUGUUCAUAAUUUGUUGUGACAGUUAUCACUAUUCUAUUUUAGAAUCUUUUGUACUCUGAUUUGUGUAUGUGUAAACAACUUAAGUUUUUAUGUUUAUUGGUAUUUUUAGUAAUAACUAAUAUUGAACAAUUUAAAAAAUAAUUUAAUGUUUUUAAUUACUAUUAGGGUUUGGAUUUUAACCGGUCAAAUUCUUAUUAUCCAAUUGGCGUCAUAAUUUAUUAAUUAAGGCUCGUAAACUACAUACUUUUUAACGGCCCAUGAUUUAUGUCAGGUUCUUAAUUAGUAUGAAGAUGUAUGUGGGUGCACAUAUUAUAACAAUUUGGUAUCGGUCGAUAAAUACAUUUGAUGGACUACACGAUUGCCUUCAAACUAAAGUGUCAGUAAACUAUCAGUCGAUUCUUUAAUCAGUAUGAUACUCUUAUAGAUUACUGAGUUGGCCAAUAGCUUCAAUUUGUUUUGAGCUUUUGAGCGGGAAUGUAGUGCGUAUUUCCAAUGAUGUCUCUUAUCACAACAUUUAUUAUAAAUUUAUAUAAUAAAUAAUUAAAAGAAAACUGAUGGGGAUUCGGAAGGAAAUUUUUUAAUUUGUGUUGCAUCGUAUAAAACUUACCUGACAAUAAUCUAUUAAUGUAGAUGGGAUGCACCCAAUACUCUUAGUUUCUCCUUUAUUAUAUAAAAGCAAUGAUAACAUUUCUGGACAUUUUAAUUUUACAUGACUGCUUUCGUCAACAGCAGCUUAUUAACUACCAAAUUUUUCAAAAGCAAUCAACUAACUGUUGGCUGGUUUGCAUACUCACCAUCAACCAGACUGUUAAGUUGGCCCUGUGUACGCUUUAGCAGCUUAAUCCGAUUAAACUAUUAAAAAGUCUGUAGUUUGCAAGGGCUCUUAAGGUAUAACAUUUGUAAAAUGAAUCUAAAGUACAUUUUGCUUUUAAUUUAUUUAAGAGCCCUUCAUACGUAGCCACUUAGCAGCGCUGUCGAUUGAAAAACACAAGGAUAAAUGGAUGAUUUCACACAUAACCAUAGAAACAGAUUGGAAGCACUACAGAUGAUGACAGUAUUUUCGGAGGCCACAGAACAUGGUGUUAAAAAAAAAAGAAGAAGCGCUGCUGACUGGUUACCUGUGAAUAGGCCCUAACAAUUGCCUAUAUUUUGGCCAGUUAAUUAUCUGAUAGCCAACAUUUUAAAUUAAAUUACAGAGAAAAAUAAUUAAAUUUGUAUCAUCCAGCAAUUAAUAAAUUCUUAUUGUACACUAUAAAAACAUAUUUUGUUCUGAUUUUAUAUUUUAUGUCAAAAUAUAUUUAGGGAUAUGACUCUGGUAUCGUGAAAUUGAAAUUACAAGGAUCUUGUACUAGUUGCCCAAGUUCAGUCGUUACUUUGAAAAAUGGAGUUAAAAAUAUGCUUCAAUUUUAUAUACCCGAGGUAAUAAAGUAAAAUACAUGUAUUUUUCUAGAAAACUUAAUAUUUCAAAGCUUAAGAUAUAAUUAAGAAAAAAAAAUACGAUUAGUAAAAGAUUUAAACAAACAAUUAAGAUUUUUUUUUUAAAUUCAUGUAUUAUAUUAUAAAAUAUAAAUAAAAACAUGCAAAUAAGUAUAUAUUACUAUGGUCUUGGGACUUAACCUAUAAAACGUUUUUCUAAUGUUUCUUUUGUUACUUAAUACUUAUUAUUUAGUUCCAAUUUGUAAAGCGUAAAUUUAGAAUAAAAUAUCAACUUUUUAAAAAGUUAAAAUUUGUAUUGCAUUAAUGAUUAUAUUUUGAUAAAAUUAGGCUAAAGUUGUGUUUAUGAAAUAAAAUUAACUAUUUAUUAUUUAUAUACAAAUUGGAACCACUCUAGGAAGAAACAAAACUAAAUAAAAACACUUGAAACAAGUAACAACCUAAUAAUAAUUUAUAUUAUUUAUUAUAUAUAUAUAUAUUAUUUAUUAAUUACAAAUAAUGCAUUUUUCUAAUUUUGACUAUACAACCUUUCAAAAAAAAAAAACAUACAACCUUUGUGCAUAACGACAGAUUUUUUCCCAUUCACUGAAAUGUGACAUAGAACUUGUAAGUCAAUCACCAUCGUGAGAGUGGGAAAAAUUGGCUUUCGAGCUGCUACCGAGUAUCAGCCGUUAUUCACAAAAGUGAUUCUUAGAGAUUUUAGAAGUAUUUUUUGAAACAUAGUAUAAAUGUAAUUGGUAAAAUACAUGUUUAACACUAAAAUAAUUAAAAUUACUGUGUGAAUUUUUAAAUGAAAAAUAAUGUAAUUCCCGAAAACUUGGUUUUAGAAAACAGCAAGAAAUUAGUUUUUUUUGUAACUACCUAUAUAUUGCUUAAUUAUUGGUUAUGCAGGAAAUAUUAUCAUAUUUGACAGAAGUGAAAAACUGUAACAUGUUUGCUAUAGUUUAUAUUGAAAUUUGUCUUUAGAUACGCUUUAUUGUAUGAAAAUAUGAAAAUAUUAUUUAAUGAUUCUAUUAAAAUGAAUAAAUAAAUUUAGUGUUGUAUAAAAAAAAAAGUGAGAUUUUACUGUUUAUCCAACAUUUUAGUUUUUACAAAAACUAUUUAAUAUUUGGAAUUGUAAUGUGUUUAUUUUCUGUUCCAGAUAAUAGCUGUUGAACAAGUUGAAGAUGAAAUUGAAAUACGAACAAAAGCAGAGUUUGAAAAAUUUGAAGAGAAAUUGUUAGGAAAUGAAAAAAAUAAAGAGAAAGAAAAAUUUGAAUAAAAUUUAUUUAAUUCAUAGUUUUCAUUUUUAUAGAUGUUUUUUUAUGAUGAUAUCAAAAAAAAAAAAAAUAUUGUGCAGUAGAGUGUAAAUAGUGACUUUUUAACUAAUCUACAAAUAUUUUAUUAGAGUACAAUAUUUUCUUGGUAAAAUAUAGUUUUACAUAAUAAAUAAUAAUAGUUUAAAAUUGUUGGAAUUCAAGCAUUACUUAUUAGGCACUAUAGAAACGCCGCGCUACUAAAAUACUUAUAAGUGCAAUAAUUAAAUAUAUAAGAUACAUUCCAAUGUCUGAACAUAAUGCAUCUUUUAAAAAGUUGGGUGAAAGAUUAUUUACAACUGGUUCUUCGCUUUUUGUCUCCUUGUCCUGAUUAUCUAGGUCAGAUGGUUUGGAAAUUUUCUCUGUAUCUUCAUCCUGAUCAAUUAAUUUAUUAAUUUAUAUUAAGUGUAAUAUUUUAUUGCUAUAUUUAAAUAUUAAUUUUACUUUAAAUGUAACACUGUUGAUAAGUUCAGUUUCUUCUCUUGUCAAUGGUUUGGCUUUAUUUUCAGCUAAUAAGUGAGAUAUUUCACCGCACUGAUCACAUACCCAAUUUUUGGAUCUGAAGUGAAACCAAUUUAUAUAAUUCAAUUUUUAAUAACACAACAUGUAUUUAAUGAGCAAUUAUUUACUUUUUUGCCAGAUUGAUUCGUUCUUCAGGUGUAUAGUCAAGAGCUCCUAAUGAACCUCGGCUAUUAGUUGGCAUGAAUGCUAUUAAUGCUAAUAGAGCUGUUCUAAUAGACCAUGAUGGUUGCCAAGUCUCUGGAUGAUGGCUGGAAAUACUUAAGCAUAUUUUUUUGUUUGUCUCCCAUCGGCCAUUUGGCUACAUAAUAA